AUGUUCGGUUUGUACGGCCUGCAAGCCCACCGGGCGGCCAGGCAUUCAAGCAACACGGGACACGACAAGUACUCAAGCCGCACCAAACUCAACAAGAAGCAGCGCAAGCGACUGAUGCAGCAGCAGCGGGACCUGCGAGAGAAGAAGCGACGGUCCACAGACCAGAUCCACGAGGUCGGCAUCAGUAGCUCCGGCCCGCGGCAGUCCCCCAGUUGCGUCCCGGCAGCCACGCGGAGAGGUUCUCCCUGCCUCACUCGGAAUUCCAGUUCAGUCAGCGACUCCUGGCCCGUGUCGAGGGAUCGUUCACCCUUCUCUUGCCUCAGCGAACAGGAUACUCAACGUGAGGCGUUCUUGCAGAAGGACUCCCCGCCCCCACCGCAGCAGCAGCACGGAGGGGUGGGGGGCGAGGCCGGCAUGGUCACAGCCAGCCUUGAAUCCCUAGCACGACUCUUCUCCUGUGUUGCUGUCACCCGACCACGCCCGUACCACCGCUACGCCCAAAACCACGCCAUGCACGGGUAAGUACCGUGCGUACGGACUGCACCGAACUUACUUCGUGGACUCACACGAGCCGGUAAGUCGUAUUUCAGAGAUUCAUCAGAUAAGAAAAGAAAAUUCGAGAAGAAGAAUGAGACACAGUUGAAGGAACAGGGUAUGCGGAGUAAAAUGGCAGUGUAGAAUAUAUUAAAUUUUGAAGGAGAGGGAGAGAGAGAGAGAGACAGACAUGCAGGCAGACAGG